GAGUGCAGAGCGCCUGUGUACUGGCACAUAUUCAGAACAUGCUUUUUAUAGCACCCCACCCCGUUAUUACAGUGGCAGGGAGCCUACCCGCGUUAUAUUUACAUUUUAAUUCCUCUGCUUUAUAUAGCUUUGGGUUACACGUGGCCAGGCACUGGAAACAUACUUGGAAUAACUUAAACACUUCUGCUGACAAUACAUUAAGAGUCAGCACAGGACUUUGACCUAACAGCCUGGCACAGAGAAAGGCAGAGGGAGGAGGGAUCUGGCUUAAUUAAUUGGAAUUCUUUGGGAAGGAUUUUUACCCUGGGACAUUGCUGCUCACUUUAUUCCCCUUUCCCUGCUCACUGAUUCCUGUGCAACCAAGUGAAAAUGUUGCGACUGCUGAGCAGCGAAGAGCAAGAAACCCAAACGGCAUUUAAAGGUCUGAGCCCUCGGAACCUGCUCACUCUCGCCCUCGGGGCAGUGACUUUCCUCCUUUUUGGAUUCCUUAUAGGAUGGUUUGCCAAACCCAACACAAGUGCCCUUCCAGCCCAAAUACACCAAAAUAUGAAAAAAACCUUCUGGGACGAAAUGAAAGCAGAAAACAUUAAACAUUAUUUACACAAUUUCUCCCAAGUCCCUCAUUUGGCAGGAACAGAAGAGAAUUUACGGCUUGCACAGCAGAUUCAAGCCCAGUGGAAAGAGUACGGUCUGGAUAAAGUAGAACUGGCUCAUUAUGAUAUUCUGUUAUCAUACCCCAACAAGAGCAACCCCAAUUAUAUCUCCAUUGUAGAUGAACAUGGAAGCGAGGUUUACAGUACAUCAUUAUUUGAACCUCCUCCUAGUGGAUAUGAAAAUAUUUCAGAUGUUGUUCCACCAUACAAUGCCUAUUCAGCACCUGGAACUCCUGAGGGGGAGCUGGUAUAUGUCAAUUACGCACGCACGGAGGACUUUCACUAUUUGGAAAGAAAUUUAAAUAUCAGCUGCCAUGGAAAGAUUGUUAUUGCCAGAUAUGGGAAGAUUUUCAGAGGAAAUAAGGUUAGUAAUGCACAGAAAGCUGGUGCCAUUGGCAUUAUCCUCUAUUCUGAUCCAGUGGAUUACUGUGCUCCUGGAGUAGAACCAUAUCCAGAUGGUUGGAACCUUCCAGGUGGUGGAGCCCAACGUGGAAAUGUCCUUAAUCUGAAUGGUGCCGGGGACCCACUGACCCCUGGUUAUCCUGCAAAAGAAUACACAUACCGAUAUGAUGAAAAGGAUGGUGUAGGGCUCCCAAGAAUUCCAGUGCAUCCUAUAGGAUACCACGAUGCAGAGUUCCUACUGCGGUUCAUGGGAGGAAUGCCUCCCCCAGAUCAAAGCUGGAUAGGAGGCCUCAAUGUCUCUUACAAUAUUGGUCCAGGAUAUAAUGAAAGUCACAAGCUACAAAAGGUCAGAAUGAGUAUCCACACCUUCAAUGAAAUACGAAGAGUUUACAAUGUUAUUGGCACCAUUAGAGGAGCUGAGGAGCCAGACAGAUAUGUGAUCCUUGGUGGCCACAGGGAUGCUUGGGUUUUUGGUGGUAUUGACCCACAAAGCGGAGCUGCUGUUGUCAAUGAGAUUGUUAGAAGUGUUGGAAAACUGAAGAAACAAGUUUCCAUAGGCUGGAGGCCACGAAGAACAAUGAUGUUUGCCAGUUGGGAUGCAGAAGAGUUUGGGUUAUUGGGAUCUACAGAAUGGGCAGAGGAAAAUGUAAAAAUAUUACAGGAACGUGCAGUAGCCUAUAUCAAUGCUGACUCCUCCGUGGAAGGGAACUAUACUCUGAGAAUUGACUGCACUCCAUUGAUGUACCAACUGGCCUACCGUUUAACUAAAGAGAUUGACAGUCCAGAUGAGGGAUUUGAAGGAAAGUCGCUCUAUCAAAGUUGGCACCAGAAAGACAACUGGACAGAAUAUAAAGAUUGUCCAAGGAUAAACAAGUUGGGUUCUGGAAACGAUUUUGAAGUAUUUUUCCAGCGAAUUGGCAUUGCGUCUGGCAGAGCUCGUUAUACUAAAAAUAGGAAGGAAGGAAGGUUCAGCGGUUACCCUGUUUAUCACAGUGUUUAUGAGACAUCAGAGAUAGUUGAUAAAUUCUACGACCCCCUGUAUAAGAACCAUUUGGCAGUGGCCAAGGUACGGGGAGGCCUUGUAUUGGAACUGGCAGAUUCCCUGGUGCUUCCUCUUGAUGGUCAAGACUAUGCUGAUGCACUGAAGUAUUAUGCCAGUAUCAUAUUCAAGAUGGCACAGAAACAUCAAGCAAAGCUUCUGGAGUACAACGUAUCUUUUGAACCUCUGUUUUCUGCAGCUGCAAAUUUUACAGAAAGUGUCAAGUUGUUUAACAUGAGAUUGGCACAACUGGAUUUGUCCAACCCCAUAGCAGUCAGGUCUGUGAAUGAUCAGCUGAUGUAUCUGGAACGAGCUUUUAUUGAUCCACUUGGGUUACCAGGGAGACCAUUUUAUAGGCACAUCAUAUUCGCUCCGAGCAGCCACAACAAGUACGCGGGCGAGUCCUUCCCGGGGAUAUACGACGCCUUGUUCGACAUCGAGAACAAACCGGAUGAGAUUGCGGCAUGGGAGGAAGUCAAGAGACAGAUCUCAAUCGCUGCCUUUACUGUGCAGGCGGCUGGAGAGACGUUAAAGGAGCCCGCGUAGAUACGAUAUAUAUAUUUUUGCCUGGAAAUUGCCAAAUUUUUAUUAAAAUGAUUGUACAGGACUGUAAAUUA